AUGGAGUCUGAGAAGGCAAAUGAUGAUCCGCUUCUUCUGGGAGCUCCACCCAGCAACAGCUCGGGAAAGUGUGAAAUGGGACUAGUGUUUUCGAAAUUCAAGUACAAGCUGCAGUUAUUGAUGUCCGAGGCCAAAUGGGUGCAGGCCGACGAGCUUCGCAGAGCAACUGACUCGCUCGAAUCCAAGAUUCGAAUGCUGGAAGAGAAGCUGGUGACCCUAUCAGAGUCAAAGAAGAAGGCGAUAGAGGAGCUUCAGGCAGCCAUCGAAGUCAAGGAUGCAGAACUUGUUCGAGUGAAAAAAGAGCAAGUGGACAUAAAGGAGGAGCUUUACCUGGUCAACUCAGCGCAUCUUGAAGCUCAAAGGGCGUGUGUUGAGUAUGAGAAUCGAUCUAAAGAGCUGACAGGGCUAGUGGGAAACUUGCAACAACAAAUUUCUGAGCAGCAAGACCGCCUUUCUGAGCAAAGACUGGAAGAGUUUGAGAAUGAAAAGGCUUCACGACCAAAGCUGAUAAGCUCUGGGACCUCGCAUAGUGGAUUAACAAGCCAAGUCUCCACUGGUACUAGUUGUGAAGACCUCUGCCAGCCUCUUGAGCUGGAGAUAUCUCAGCUGCAGUUAAGACUACGCGAGGUCAUUGGAGAGCAUGAAGUACGAUGCAGUGGAGGUCAACGACCAAUCAAAUCCGUUGUUCAAGGUGGCGUGGAUGAUAGGAAGUCUACUCAGGAAGUGUAUGGACUGGAUGGCCUUGUCUGCUCUGGACUUCUCACUCCCCUUGAGGCUCAAGGCACACCAAAUCAGCACACCCAGACUCAAGAAUUUAAAGGCAGUCAGGCUGCUGCAUCACAAGAACGAGAUUCGCAGCAGAGCACUGGCAGUGGAGGUAUGCUGAGCAAGCGAAGGAGAAACAGCUCGUUCAAGGUGCCUCUACCUCCAGCCAAUCGUGCUAAGUCAAGUCAGGGGACGGACUCACAAGGACCAAGUUCUCAGAAGAUUAAGCCACCAGUGUCGAGUUCAGUGUGCGCUGAACCUGAAUUUGGUGCUUCGCAAUUCGCUGAGGAUAAGGAGCUCUCUGUGGCAGACAGUGUUCUCCCUGAGAAGGAAGCCGCUCACAUUGUUCUGCAGGUCAAGCCUCCUCCGGAGCUGGAUGUCAUGCACUGGUACAAGGAUCUCUUCCAAACUAGUCAGUCACUUGUCCUUUCUCCUGAACAGCUACAAGCACUCACUCAAGCUCAGUCACAAAAGGUGGCCAAGGUUGAUGAAGCAACAGCGAAUGUGAUUGAGAGUGAAUCCACCUGCGCUGGAGGCCGCAACAAGGAAGAGGCUACUGCUACUACAAAUUGUGAAGGCAGAGAUGGGGAGCCAGCUGUUUUGGCCAAGGAUGCCGUUGAUGAGCUGCACCAGAAUGGAGGUAUGGUAGUUGAGUCUGAUCCCAACAAUACUGCACCGAAGCCUAGCGAUUCAAUUACUGUGGAGGCAGCGGCGAGUGCCUGUGUGGAGGCCCAGGGCAACACCAGUAAACCUGUUCCUGGAGACCUUCCCUUGGGGAAAGGUGGAGUUGCAGCUGAAGUGGCUGCGCCUUCCCAGGAGGAAAAGCGUGGGAUUGCCACUACAUCCAUCUUUGACUUGAAGGCCAGUGAUCUUUCGGGCAACAGUGACUGUGCUGAGCUUGAAAUUGUCCCCACACAGCUUUUGGGAAUGCAGAGCAUUUCUUACAGCUCUUCAGCAACUGGCAGCAGCACUACCAAGUCGUUAGCACAGAAGAAAGCUGUUGCUGCUGCAGUUCCAGCCGGCCAAGGACUGGCAGAACUUCCAGAGAGUAUUGCAUCAUUUUCUGCACAGGGGACUAUGGAGGAUGUUGUCGCAAUUGAGAAAGCCAAUGGCAUCACUGUGCAUCCUCAUGUGUCUGUGGAGGCUGAGAAUUCACAUAGGGAUUGUUAUGAUUCAACUGACAUCACACCCGUAAGUUCCACCUUCGCGUUUUGA